AUGCAAGAAGUCUCUAUACCUUUGCAGCCAUCGGCCGGCGCUAUUCAUAAGCCAACAGUCUACGAGACGACCACCGAAGUCGAGCUGAGCCAGAGCCCCAGUUCGUCCCCGGACAAUUCGUCCCCGCAGCUGAUCCCGCACUCACACUCGGCCUCACCGUCACCGUCUCAGUCACAGCCCAUGGCACGACUCCUCGACCAGGCGCCGGAGGUUUUACACCAUAUUUUCCAGCACGUCGAGCCGACAGACUUGGCCCGGGUGGCGAGGACUUGUCGUCACCUGAACAGUGUGGUGAAGACCGACGAACUGCUCUGGAAGAUCCACUAUCUCUCUCUCUUUGACCCUCCCGACGACGAUGCUACAGGGACGUGGAGAGCCCGACUCACUCGUCUGAUCAACUUACAGAAGAUCCUCGAGUCGGACAGUGAAGAAGUAAAGACCCAAAAUCUCUCCGAGAUCCUCACUCAGACCCUGGCCCUAGCGGAGCAAGCGCUCUCGACGCCACCGAAAAACACGUCCUUCCUUUCAAAGUACUACCAGCAAGGCCUCAACAUCAACACCAUCCUCUGCUGCUCCAGCCUCUUCACGCGCGCCCGACCGCGACAAUGGCCCCCGGCGCCCACAGAAGAUCUCCGCCAGAUCUCCGCCCAACUCCACGUCCUGGCAGGCAUGAACCUCGACGCCCCGUGGCCCGACCCCGAAGGACAAUCCUGCUCGCAUGUCGCCUCCACCCGCGCAGGCAGUAUCUUUGACGAAUCCUACGACAACAACUCUGACGACAGUUCCGACGCGGAGAUAAUCGACUCCGAAGCGCCAGACACGGACAACGAGGACACGCGGCUCCGUCUGCGCAACCAUCCGACCCCGAUCCGCGACGUCCACCCCUGGGCGCGCAGCAGAGUCUACGACCUCCGCCGGUACAAGGAAUCCAACAUGUGGGGUCCGUUCCACGACGACGGAUCCGGCCGUAUCGACUGGGAGAAGGUGCAAUCCAUCAUGAUCGUCCUGGCGUACAACCACCGUCUGUACACGGAGCGACGCGGUCUCAUCGGCGCCGACUCGCUCGGGCUGCCCGCGGACUCGACCCGCAUGGCAGAUCCCGUCCGCAACGUCAGUUCCACGCGAAGCAACCUGCUACGACCGUGGGAGGGCGUAUUCGAGGGGAUCGCGCCCAACAGCUACGUGUCCUCCCCGUUGGAAGGGAAGCUGAAACCAUCGCUCCACCCACACUUGGACGCGCUGGACCCCUACGGCGUGACGGGCACGUGGAUGCGUAUCGUCUGCUUCCUCGACUACAACGACCUGUACCGCUUCAAUUUCGAUCCACACGCCAACAUCCCGAGGGACCAAGAGCGCGACCCCAUCUCCACGAGGGAGGCGUUUCGGCUGAUCAAACUGCAGUUGCAGGUGACGAGAGUCGAGGAGCAAGAGGGCCUCGACGUCCACGGCAAGCCUUUGUUACCGGUCGUGUACUUCGAGGGCACCAGCCGGAGUACGUUUAUGGCGUGGGACCCUAACGCGAACUCGCGCAUCAGAGGCACCGUCCAAGCCACACCCUCCGGCGCCGUAAGGUGGACCAGCUUCAGCAUCUUCCACGGCGAGGAACGCUGGCGGUCAGAGGGCGUGCAGAUCGGCGGGCUCAACUCGGCGCGCGGCAUCCUGGGCAACUGGUUCGACAAGGACUACGACGCGCACGGCCCCGCCGGACCCACGGCGUUUUGGAAGAUCAGCGAUACCAUGGUCGAGGAGAGGAGGCGGGAUGUGCCGAAUGUGCUGCAGAUUUUUAUGGCUGAGUGA